AUGCCAGCCCGAGAUCCCGAAAAGGCCCUGAGCCAGCAGCUCAUUCUAGGCGGGGCUCCACAGGCAAAACGGUCAAGAACCUCGACACUUGUGGUCUGUGGGACUACAAGGCCUUGCGAUGGUUGGAUUUUCAGCGACUUCCUGGGAUUUUCGAAAGCCUUCGAGACAUUUGGGGGAGAUAACACCUUUUACUCUUGCCUUGACCUCACGAAACAUUUCCAAUGGCUGAAGGGCAAAGGGCAGGCAAACAUAGAUAUUAAAUUUGGAAAAUACGGCCCCGAUGGGGAUCAUACUCUCAUCUACGAAAGAUCGCAAUUUGAGCAGUGCCCACCGUUCUGGAAGCAGAUAGUACCUGAUCGACUAUUGUACGAGGCUGAAUUUUGGAUUGGCAAGGCAAAGCGGACCAGCGAAAAUGGUGAUAUUGUUAACUGCAUUUUCCUAUGCCAUGAAUCCGAGCGGGGCGAACUUGAACUAGGCAGCCGGAUGUUAUCCUCAACCGCGCUCUAUGAGAAGCUAGGAGGUUUCAAAGAGGGCGUUCAGGUAAAUGUCAUGACGCGCCUGUCAUUCAGGACAUAUUUGUGA